UGACAAACAAAGAGGAACCAAGUGAAGAUAAGGGGGAACAACAUUUUCAUAAAAAGAUAGAAGAAACAAGCACAGCAAGAGAUCAAAUUUACUAAAGAACCAAGGAAAGAAUGGACAUAUUUUUUCUCUUCUUUGCUUUUCUUAUAAGAGGGUUGGAGGCUGAAAAGAUGUCAGUCACAGGAGUGUCUGGGCAGAACAUCACAAUAACAUGCUCUUUCAAAAACAAAGAUAACUAUAUUAAAUAUUUCUGCAAAGACCCAUGUUGGAAUGAAGAUGUCUUAAUAAGCAGCAGUGUUUAUAAAGUCAAGUGGGACACCAACAAAUACAGUAUAAGGGAUGACAAAAGCAGAUUUCAUGUUACAAUCUUUAACCUGAAAAAGGAAGAUUCAGGUACAUACAAGUGUGGCGUCGAAGUCAGUGGGUGGUGGGAUCCACUACAAACCGUUAUCAUCACUGUUAAAGAAGCAAUAACACCAGAGAAAGAGCCAACAAAAUUACCUGAACAAGUUAAUCCGAAAGCUUCAUCAUCAUCACAAGAAACAGAGCCAACAAAAUUACCUCAACAAGUUCAUCCAAAUACGUCAUUAUCACUGAAGCCGCUGUUUAUCGGAGCGAGCCUCGCAGUGAUUGUACUCGUCUUGGCAGUAGUCAUCCUCAUAUAUUUCCGACACCAAAAAGGCCACAUUUGCCCAUCUUCUGACCAACUAAGAACCGUCGCAGCUCAACGCCAGGAUUCCAGCAACUCCAUCGCUGCCUCCUCACAGAUGAAUCCAGACUGUCCUCACUAUUCCACCAUCAGCUACAACAGCCGCAGAGACAACAGCCAUGUCCCUCCUCAACCUGCAGACGUGACCUACUCCCUGAUUAAGUUCAGUGCCGAAGCUGAUUCGGCCAUCUACUGCAACUUAUGAAAAGUGGUGAUGCAGUCUCGUCGAAGCCACGACCGCAUUCCACAAGGACUCAUCAGAUAACACAGAAUAACCUUUACAUGAUAAAAUACAGGAACUUUAGUUAGUUACAAGUUCUCACCUAUUUUUUGGGGUUUUUUUUUUUGUCUCUUCUCUUUUCUUCUGUUCCACUUUCUGAUGCACAGCAACACAGGAGUCACAUCCUUGUCCCAAAAUAUCAUGCAAAUGUUCUCACAUUCAAAAUACCGAGGAUACUGUCAAGCACACACAUACACCUGGAGAUAGAGAGAAUACAUAUACAUAAAGAAGCCACUAUUUCAUAAUGGAUCACAUCUGCAAAAUGCUAAACGGAAUAGAAAUAACAUUGAGAGUGACCAUCUUCACCAUCACUGGUAAUAUUUUUUUCUUGUCAGUAGACUAUAUAAAGACCAACUAUCGUAGUAAUGCGGCGAUUAACUAUGUAUUUAUUUCUACUGUUUUCUCAGCCUUGUUUGCAAUAUUUACUGUAACAGACAGCAAAAAUGUCUCUCAGGCGAUCAGCAAUGACUGUGAGUAAAAUUACAUUGCAAUAAGUUCUUUUUUUUGUUUUUUGUCUGUCUGUUAUAGCUGUAAAUGACACAUGAUAGUGUCAUAAGACACCAAAUUGGGUUAGAAAUAUG